UCGCGCACGGCUCAGAGUCUCAGAUGCACGCGACUCAAAGGCACACGACACAGUUUUUAGCAUUUAUAGUCAGCUACGAGCACUAAUCGAGAUAAUAUUUACCGCGUCGAGUCAAUCGGACGUAACGCCGAGCAACAAACCAAACCAGUUGAGCACGAUAACUUAGUACGCGCACUUGUGUCCCUCGUAUAUGCAAAUACCGUUAUUAAAAACAUGGGUAAAAUACAUAACUUUGGUGCAGGACCGGCCAAAUUACCAGAAGAAGUGUAUGACAUAUUAAAGGACGAAUUCACUAACUUCGAUGGAACAGGAAUAAGCAUAAUGGAAACCAGUCACAGGACACCGACUUAUUUUAAAUUGAAUAAGGAAGUGCAAGAUGUUGUAAGGAAUUUAAUGAAUGUCCCAAGCAACUACAAAAUUUUGUUCUUGUCCGGCGGUGGGCAAGGACAGUUUGCUGGAGUACCAUUAAACUUGAUCUCUAGAACUGGAACCGCUGAUUAUCUAGUUACAGGAGCAUGGUCUGCAAAGGCAGCUAAAGAAGCAAAGAAAUACGGCAAAGUGAACAUGGUGCUACCGCCUACGGAUCGCUACGUGGAUAUCCCGGACCAGUCGACCUGGAACCUCGACCCUAACGCCUCAUACGUUUACAUUUGUACAAAUGAGACGAUUCACGGCGUCGAGUUCGACUCAAUUCCUGACACGAAAGGUGUCCCUUUGGUAGCUGAUAUGUCAUCAAAUUUUAUGUCCAAAAAAGUUGAUGUCUCAAAGUUCGGCGUGAUCUAUGGUGGAGCUCAGAAGAACAUCGGAACCGCGGGAGUAGUUCUUGUAAUAGUAAGAGAGGAUCUUCUCAACCAAGCACUUCCAAUUUGUCCCUCGAUCCUUGACUGGACUGUAAAUGCCAAAGCUGACUCCAUCCUGAACACACCACCUAUGUUUGCGAUCCUAGUAAUGGGAAGAGUUUUACAAUGGAUUGUAAAAAAAGGAGGUCUAGAUAAAAUGGCUGAAUUGGCGACUAAGAAAUCUUCUCUCAUUUAUGAUAUCAUCGAAGAGUCCAAUGGUUUCUACUACGCACCGGUUGCUAAAGCUGUGAGAAGUAAAAUGAAUAUCCCAUUCAGAAUCGGGUCUCCAACUGGUGAUGAUGCACUGGAAAAAGAGUUUUUGAAAGGAGCUGAAGCCUUAAACCUAAUUCAACUAAAAGGACACAGAGAUGUCGGAGGAAUUCGUGCCUCGACAUACAAUGCAGUCACGUUGGAAGAGGUACAAACUUUAGCAAACUACAUGAAAGAAUUCUACAAGAAACAUGCUAAGUAAAUAAAGAAUUUCAAAAACUUUUGUAUUAUCACUGAAGGUAUUUUCAAAAUUUAAGUUCGUGUUUUUGUUUUAAUAGGUAUAUACCUAAUUGUAACUGAAUUUAGGAUAAGAAAUGUCAUUAUUUAUAAAAGUGUCAUUCGUUUUAUGUUUUUAUUUGUAAUAAAUAUAUUUUUUAACAACAACAA